CCCUAGUACUUCGGGAAGCAUUCAAUUUCACACUGAAGUAAAGUUGGAAUCAUGAUUUCGUCAACUCCAUCAGAAGAGAGCGGAAGGCAUACAUGUACAAUAGAAAACAAACAUCUAAAUUCUAUUGAUAUCAUCAAAUCAGAAUUGUAUCAACACGGAUACCGCUUCGUUAAGUUUCUGGGUCAGGGAGGCUACGCCAAAGUCGUGCUCGCCGAAAUCAUGCCUGGCAAGUUAGCCCGCUACAAGGCUGAUGCGGAUUCGACAGGGAAUGCCUGUGUUCUGUCGGUUGCCAUUAAGGUAAUCAACAAGCUAAAGGUAUCCAAAGAUUUCCUCGACAAAUGCCUCCCAAGGGAAUUGGAAAAUCACUGGAAACUUCAAUCCCAUCAACACGUGGUACGCAUAUACGAAACUAUGCAGACACGCGAAAAUGCGUACAUAGUGAUGGAUUAUUGUCCGAAUGGCGAUUUGGUGGACUUGAUCAAUCGACACGUGAGAGGAGAUGAAAGAGGAAUUGGCGAACCUAAAUCUAAAAAACUUUUCAAACAGCUCUGCGAGGCCGUACAUCACAUGCACAGUGCUUAUAUUGUACACAGGGAUUUAAAAUGUGAAAACAUUUUGCUUGACAAAGACCAUAAUAUACAGCUAACCGAUUUUGGGUUUUCUGAACGUUGCAACGAAAGUAACCAGAUGCUGAAAACCCGUUGUGGAACAUUUUCAUUUACUGCUCCGGAAGUGAUGACUGCCGACUCUUACAACGGUUUCCAAUCUGAUAUUUGGAGUCUAGGAGUCACUUUGUUUGCCAUGGUGAACGGUCGACUUCCAUACAACCACUCACAACUCUCGGCAAUGGACGAAGACAUGAAGUUGCAGAGGUUGAAAUUUCGGCCAAACAUUUCAUCUGACUGCAUAGAGUUAAUAAAGAAGAUGCUGCAAUUUGCACCAAACCAUCGUCCAUCUAUCCGAGAGGUACUGGAGGAUCCGUGGUUAAAUGGAAGUAAACCAGCUCGAAGACAACUAAAUCGUCCCAAAUGGGAGCAGACACAGUGUUCCCUCAAAGUUCCUGAAGCCUCGCCGAACGUUACCGCAACUAGUAAAGCGGGGAGAACUGCAGAUCGCAAGGCGCAUUCACUCAGCAAAAAAUGCGCUGCAUCAACCAAGCCAAGAACUGUUAAUGGGACGGUUUUAAUUAACCGCAAUGCGGGAGAGACAGUUACUCUCAAAAGUCCGUUACAUGGCAAAAAUUCAAAAACCCCAAAUAAAAUGUCAGUGACACAAAAACCUUCUACAACAGCUCGCCCUCAACAAACAGACAGGAAGGGACAAAAGGCAAAGAGCACAAAGACUCGCCAAAAUGUAGCUCCCAAUAAAGUGGUACAAGCUAUCGUGGAAAGGAAACUUCAGUUGGAAGAUGUUCGUUUAGCGAAUGGUGCACGCCGGACGCAGAAAGAACAAAUACCAUUCUGGCUCAUUAAGGAAGUGUUGGAAAAAGACAAACAUUAUAAUAAGAAUACAACGAGACCCGAAGAGAAUCGCGCUGUUCCUAAACAGUCAAAAACCAGCCGUGUGGGUUUUACUUCACAACGUAAAAAUUUACAUCAAGUCUCUACAGUACCAAAAAAUGUUUGUACUGUUCCAAAACCACCAGAAGUAUAUCCAUCAUUUCAAGUCAAGCAACAGCAAAGAGUGCACCCCCCUUCACUAAAGCAAGGGGCACAUCCUCUUCCAGCUAAAUCUAAAGUGCCACAUCCACCGCAUAAAGGUAGUGCACAACAUCCACUAGUGAAGACAAACGUGCCUUAUCAACUACCUAAACUUGGUGUGCCACAUCCACUAGCGAAAUCUAACGUGCCUUAUCAGCCACCCAAACCUUGUGUGCAGCAAACGUCAUCUAAACCUUGUCCGCCAGCUAUAUCUAAACCUGCAGUUCAACAACAGAGACGACGACUGAUUUUCCUCAAAGAAGCAGAAAAAAGAAGCAUAGUCAAAAUUUAAGUCCUGGCAUGUCUAAAGCUUAUAAUAUGGCUCCCAGUGUGGGGAAAUCCACGAACUCAUCAAAGGGGCGAUUGUUCAACCUACCGGAAAAUCGCCAUGUAGUCACGAAGAAGGUGGUAUAUAGUAAUAACCUUAUUACGUAUCAAUUAAAAUCACUACUUGAGGAGUCCUGUUUGUUUCCAUGGAAACGUUCUCAGAUUCUUGUACACAAGAUAUAUAGUUUAAAAUUUUUAGAAUAAUGAAAUCAGUCUGUUGUUACAUUAUUGGAUUGUAUUCUUAGAGAUCAGAAUUCCAGCUUGAAAAAAACAAACAAACAGAAUUAACACAAAGUACUACCAAACAACACAGCAUAUACGCUGUAUCUCGCAGAAUGUUCCAAAUGCAGUAGAGACAGGGUAAUAGGAUGGUAAGAAAGUUCACCAUGGAUGAGAAGUAAGUAGUUUUCUCUAAAACUCAUCUUCUUGUCGAUAAUUAGAAAAAUGGCAAUGUCCUUGAUUCAAAUAAGCGUUUUUCUUAUCAUGACAACCAUGAUAAUCGGCUACAUUGUGUGGCCUCUACUCCGGAUUAGAUGUGAAACUACCCAACUUCCAAUCACGUAGAUUAAGAAGGAAAACCAAACCUUUAUUGAUACGGUGAUUCCACCCAUACGGACAAUAAUUUCAUAACUGUAACCUUCUUAAAUUCUGCAUUUUCGUGCAUGAAGUGCAAGAUUGUUGAAGAUGAAGGCAAAAUAUAACAAGGACCCUGCAACAAAAGAUAUUCUAAAAGUGAUUGUUAGUGAUAGGGCGGAAUGUAUUCAAAUACUGAAUACCAAUGGAAAACCCCAAAACUUGGCAAAAUGGUGAGUAGAGAUUUUAACUAUUAAUAUAUAACUUGUCGUAUGGAUCCUAUAAUAGUUGGAAGGACUCCACAUCGAAAAAAUAAGGGGAAAACGUAUUAAAUGUAGACAUUCGUGUAAGUAAGUGAAGAAAAAUCUAAACGAUUUGAUAAUUUGAUAAAGCUAGGGUUUGGUGUCCCUAUGACAGUAGAUCUGAAAGGACGAAUGUUUCUUUAUUUUCAGAUCAAUAUCGAAAAUUGUCAAGAGGCAAGCGCUGUCAAAGUUACGUGAAUACAAAGAACCGUUUUCCUCAGCUAAAAUAAAAUAAGAAACACAUUCCUAAAACCAUAGUUUCCGUUUCUUUUAAAAGGGAAAAUGAGGAAAUCAUACAGAAUAAGCAUUCUGAAAUUGUUUAAUUACGGUUUUAUGCCGUUUUGGCAAUAUUUUAGCCAUUUUACGGCGGUUAACUAACUGAAAUAUGUUUGGUUCUGAGUGUUGGAGUUCACCUGAAUUCAAUGUCUGGUUACAUUUUUUUUUUUCAUUUCUAAGUUUAGCAGGUAUGUUGUCACCUUAUCCUAUCAACAUUCCCGGAAGUGGAACGGAACUGAAAAUCCAAAUGGAGGACUAGAAAAGUUCUGAGAAUACGAAUUUUGAAAUUGAACCCAUAAUAAAGAAUACAAAGAGAUUGUAAUGGAUGUAGAUGGACGGAUGUGGCAGAAUUGUCAUCACAGGACAGGAAUAAGUCGGCGCAGUUGUAUGUACAUGUAGGAGUCAGCUUCUGUGGAGAAGAAAGCCCAGACAUCUACACUCCUUGUAGGGAACAUGAUACGUCAAAAUAUAUUCACGUGAUUCACAAUAGAAACUAGUACUUAACAAAUUCAAAUCACUUUUUAGAAGUAAACAUGGUGAUGUACUAUAAAAUGCAGCAAAGCGCCUUCACAGUGGUAUGUGUUGACAACUUAACACCUUGAUGAUUGACAAUUCUAUCUUUACAACAUUAGAAAAUUCAAAUGUACAAUAAAAUCCAGCAGUGCUUUGUGAAAUCGUUUGUGUUGACUGUGGAAAGAAAUCAUUGUACAUGAUUUGUACAUGUUAUUUCCAGUAUAUAUGUGCUUGUAAACAUUGAAUGUUACAUGUAUGUCAGUAAAGAUCAUUU